UUCAUGUACGUCUCGGUUCUUGAUCAGUCCUCAAGUGCACUUCCACUCUCUCAUUCCAUAAAUAUCAUUUCACACCUUUUAUACAUACAUUCCCUGUGUUGCAUAUUUGCCUUGCAAACCUCUUCAGUAUCCUGAAUAACAAGUUUAGUAAUGGCUGCUACUGAAACGGCUGGUGUACGAUAUGCACCAGAGGACCCCUCUCUUCCUAAACCUUGGAGAGCCCUGAUUGAUGGUAAGACGGGAUUUAUUUACUAUUGGAAUCCAGAUACCAGUGUUACUCAAUAUCAGAAGCCUGUCGCACAAACGAAGCCAGCUUCACCUGAUGCAUCUGUAUCAGUGUCUCUGAGCUCAUCAGUUAAAGAAUCCUCGCAAGUAACAAAUGAUGAUAAUACUGCGGUUGGAGAGGAUAGUGUGAAUGGUAGGGGCAGCAACGGUAGACCAAAUCUUGUUUCUGGUGAAAUAAGUUACCAGGGUGCCCGGAAAGAACAAGAUCAACCCAAUAUCCCACAUGGCUCAGGUGGUUCACUGCAGCGCGAAUCUUCUGGCCGAGUUAAUGGGUUGUCAGCUAUCGCAGAUGGUCCAGCUGUCAGAGAUGGUCCAUCUGCCGAGUCUUAUCGCCGCCAACAUGAAAUAACUGUAACUGGAGACAAUGUGCCCCCACCAUUUACAUCAUUUGAAGCUGUUGGUUUACCUCCAGAUAUACUUAGAGAGGUACUCCAGGCUGGGUUUUCUGCCCCUACUCCCAUACAAGCACAAUCAUGGGCUAUUGCUUUCCAAAGUCGUGAUAUAGUAGCCAUUGCUAAGACUGGUUCCGGGAAAACCUUGGGAUACUUGAUGCCAGCCUUCAGGCAUCUCAAACGAUGUCACAAUAAUCCCAAGUUGGGUCCCACAGUUUUGGUGUUGUCACCUACCAGGGAAUUGGCAACACAGAUUCAAGAUGAAGCUGAAAAGUUUGGGAGUUCUUCAAAAAUAUCUUGCACGUGCUUGUAUGGAGGAGCACCAAAGGGUCCCCAACUGAAAGACUUAGAAAGAGGAGUAGAUAUUGUUGUUGCUACUCCGGGCCGUUUAAAUGAUAUCCUACAGAUGGGAAGAGUGAACCUUGGGCAGAUAUCAUACAUGGUUCUGGAUGAGGCUGACCGCAUGCUGGACAUGGGGUUUGAGCCACAGAUUAGGAAGAUUGUAAAAGAGAUCCCUGCACGGCGGCAGACCCUCAUGUACACUGCAACAUGGCCAAAGGAGGUACGGAAAAUUGCAGCUGAUUUGUUAGUUAAUCCGGUCCAAGUGAACAUUGGCAAUGUUGAUGAACUUGUUGCAAACAAGUCUAUUACACAGCAUGUGGAGAUCAUCCCACCAAUGGAAAAACAAAGAAGGGUAGAACAGAUUGUGAGAUCUCAAGAACCAGGAUCUAAAAUCAUCAUUUUUUGUGCUACAAAGAAAAUGUGUGAUCAGCUUUCUAGGAACUUAAGUCGUCACUUUGGAGCUGCAGCUAUUCAUGGUGAUAAAAAUCAGAGUGAGAGAGACGAUGUACUGAACAAGUUCCGCACAGGCAGCUGUCCAAUUCUGGUCGCCACUGAUGUUGCAGCUCGUGGAUUGGAUGUCAAAGACAUAAGGGUGGUGAUCAACUAUGACUUCCCUAAAGGAAUUGAGGAUUAUGUUCAUAGAAUUGGAAGAACUGGAAGAGGUGGUGCCACUGGAGUGGCUCAUUCAUUUUUCGGGGAUCAGGAUGCAAAGCAUGCCUCAGAUCUCAUAAAAAUUUUGGAAGGAGCAAAUCAGCGAGUGCCAGAUGAAAUCCGAGGUAUGGCUUCAGGUGGCGGAUUUGGAAGGUCUAGAAGCCAAUGGGGUAGUGGUCCAGGUAGGAGUUAUGAUUCAGGAUAUGGUGGAAGGGAUGGUUUUGGGAACGAGUCACGCGACAGUAACAAAUAUGGAGGUGGCAGAAAUGAGGUCGAUGCCCCAGGAAGCUAUCAUGCAAAGAGCUUUCAUGAAGGCAUGGUUUCCCUUCCACAGAAGCGAAGCCGUAGUAGAAGCCCCACUGGGGGUGCUCACCGUUUUGACAGUUCGUCACAAGCACAAGAUGGCACUCAGGUGCAUAGUUUUCAUAAAGCCAUGAUGGAGUGGGUUUGAUUACAAGAGUCCCUUGAAUAUUGUAGUAGAUGCAUACAUAAGGGAAAGAAGUUAUUUUGCUAGCAUCUGGACGUCUACUUUGCCCUUAAUAUGCAAGUCCAAAAUUUCCCUAGAUUUUGGAACUUUCAAGUGCUAAGAGUUAUGUGGUUUGUUGAUAUUUUUAUCAGACAUUACUAGUUGCUGGUGCUUUGGGUAAAGCAGGUUAUGGUGGAUAGACAUUAGUCAUUACUAGUUGCUGGUGUUUUGGGUAAAGCAGGUUGAUACCUUAUGGUAGAUGACAUUGAUCUGCCCUUAUUUUGGAAGAUCCAUCUAUAGAUUAUUAGCUGCAAAUGGGAUCUGGCUGACACGUGUGAAAUAUGGCCUGCUAUAUAUAUACUUGGGAAA